AUGACUAACUUAGUGACUUCAAGAUAUCGGACAACUUUUGCCAUGGAAAAAGCUCACGGCUUUCUUUUUGUUCUUCUCUGCUUGGGAACCCUGAGAGAGUCAAGUUUCGUGUACAGUUAUGUAAAGCCUACACACAUCAAUCACCAAGACUGUUUAAAAAAGGGUGGCCGAUGCUUCGGAAGAAAUACCUGUGAAGUACAGUUUGUUUUCUAUGGACACUGUCAGAAUGGAAGCAGAGGCAUAUGCUGUAAAAGAGACCCAGACGAGUACUGCAAAUGGCGGGGAGGUACAUGCACUAAAAAUAAAUGUCCUCCAGAUAGUUCUUCCAUUCACAAGUGCGCUAAAAGGUUUUUCUGCUGCAGAAAAGGACCAUCAGAGCUCAAGUGCCAGACCAGUGAGAGUGAGCUAAAAUAUGGGAGCAGAUGCGUCCGAAAUAAAAACCAAAGCAUUACUAAUAGUAACUCUGAUCGUGUUCCAGCAAACAACCUUGAGAGCUACAGAAGCAAGGAAAUCAACAACUGUGUCUUCAAAGGGUCCACAAAACCAUCAAAUAUGUCGCUGUGGAAUACAUACAAGAAACAUUUAGCCAUCUGUUUGCCUUAUCCCUAUCCUCACCUUUCUACACUGUUUGAUAUGAACGUUGAUAUGAAUGUUUAG